AUGGAGAAUACAAAUGUGCAAGAAAAGCCAAAGCCUUGCUCACCUUUUUCUGUUUUUAAAUGAGAAAUCAAGCAGCUGAUCUCACAAGUAAGGGUUUUAUUAUGAAAAAAUUAUUCUAAAAUACUAAAAUUUGCAAAAAAUUCGGUUUUUUUUAUAGAAAAAUCAAAUUAAUUCUUAUAGAAUAUUAUUUACCAGGCAAUAUUUUUCUACCUUAGUUCUGAUUCUCUCACCUAUUUUUGUAUGUUUUUUAUUAUGAGUAAUCCAAAGGAUGGUCAGUUCUUAUAUUGAAGGCGAUCUUGAUUAUAACCCAAAACUCAGAGAUAUUAAUAAAAUCAAGAAAUGCUGAGAAAAAGAUUGUGUUACUAUAGGAUUUGGCUUGACAGGAGGGAAAAAUGAAUGAAGCGAAUACGUGAUUAAUCAGGUUGCAAAAGAGCAUAAUCUUGCUAUCGGAAAAGAUAUCAGAAUUUACUCUGAAAAUGGCUAUAAGGAGUUUACUGAUUAUAUACAAAAACACAUGAAUCAGACGCGGUUUGGGGUUGUUAUGUGCACGAAAAAUUUUCCGCUGCCUGAUAAUGACUAUUUAAAAGAAAUCCCUUGUGGGCCUGUGGGGGAAUAUUCAAAUUAUUUAUAUUCAUUAAUUUACAACUUUACUGAAAGUCCAAUUAAUGUUUUUGAUAGAGGCGCCCCAGAUCCUCUAGAUGAAAAUGUUGCAGCAGUCAAGCUUGCAAUAGAUAAAGCUACUUUAGAAUUUCAAGGAAAAAUAGCUAAAAAACAAGUCCCGAAGCUAGAAAUGCUACUCCAAGGGUACCCAAAAACAAAAAAUCGGCUUAUGGCUGGCUAUGAUUCAGUCUCUAUGACAGGGCCAAUGUUCUUUUUUAUCCCACCAUUAUUGAUAUUUGGCAUGAUUGCUUCUGAAAUUGUCAAAGAAAAAGAGCUAAAAUUGCGACAUGGUCUAUCUGUAAUGGGAGUAUCUAGCACUUCAUUUUGGCUGUCCUGGUUUAUCACUGGCCUAAUUAUUUCUUUCAUCUCUACAAAUUGCUUGAUUAUCUCUGGGUAUUUUUUUAAAUUCGAUUUUUUUUUAAAUUCGCCUUACAUGUAAUUUUUACUUAGAAUUCAACUCGCCAAUUUCGAGAUGUUUGCAAUCACAAUGCUUAUGCUAGGAUUUUGGCUUACAACCGUUUUAAACUCAGCUAAACUUGCAUAUACAAUCUCCUAUACAUUUUUACUAUUCGGGAUUGUUUUACAGAGCUUCCUACAAAGCCACCUUCUCACACUUUUGGUCCACAUAAAUGAAUUACCGAGCUGGGCACAUUGGGUAAGGUGAGGGUUUACGUUUUAUCCUGGGUAUAAUUUUUCGCUGAUUUAUUAUGAUAUUGCGACUAAGGCGUCAAGUCAUCCAAAUUAUGCUGAAAGGCGCUGGGAGUCUGGGAGUGAGUAUGCUUAUGAGAAUUUUUGGAUGCCGAAAUCGGGGUAUAUAAAAGGUUUUAAGUUUUAUAUUCCUCCAAGUAUUGAGGUUAUGCAAGAGCUACUUCCUCUGCGGGUGGCUUUGCCUCUUAUAAAAGGCUUUUUUCCCCUUCUAGAAGGACUUUUCCUGUAGCAACACCAGGCAAAGGGUGUCCUGCAGAGAGUUAAGAUAAAGCAACUAGCGCAGAAUCAGUUAUGCUGAGAAGGUGCAAGUGACGAGCAAGUCCUAAACCUACCACUCUAACAGCACAGUCCACCAGCAACAGCCAGGAGAGGAGGACUCUGGAAUCUGGAGGAUGGAGGAUGGAGGAUGGGAACCGUACAUCAGUCGGGCAGUAGCUGAGCCUUCUUACGAUGGCCUCAGGAGAGCUUGAUUAAUUCAGAUCGCUAUACCAACCAAAAUUCUUAUCAUAAAUUAAGUAACGAUAGCAAGGUUAUGCAAGACCAAAUUUUUAAUUUUUUUAUUUUUGUUACUAUGGCAUGGCUUUUUGACCACAUUUUACCAUCUAAUAGAGGAAAAUCAGAGUAAAAUUUAUAUAGUCCUAUCUAUUUUAUGUUUACCAAAGACUUUUGGGGCUGCAAAAGACGCAAAAAACGCCUCCUCCAUGAAAUAGAAAUGGUAAAUGUCAGUCUGAGUGACUCAGAAAUUUCAUAUGACGAUAAAUCUGAAAGCAGCGACGGUCUAAGAAUUGAAGGCCUCUGCAAAACCUAUAAAAAGCACUGAUGGUCCUCAAGCGAAGAUAUUCAAGCUGUAAAGCCAAUGCAUUUAUCAGUACAAAAAGAAGAGCUCUUAGGCCUUAUAGGACAUAAUGGUGCUGGAAAGACGACAUUGUUGAGUAUGCUGACUGGACUAUUAUCCCCAUCUAAUGGCACAGCCUUCAUUGCAGACUAUGAUAUUUCCCACGACAUGGACAAAAUCUGCAAUAUAAUGGGGUAUUGCCCUCAAUUUAAUAUUUUGUGGGACGAACUGACAGGCUAUGAACAUUUAAUGCUGUUUUGUAUUAUAAAAAAUAUUUCAAAGGAAAGAAGGGUCAAUACAGUAUUAGAAAAACUAAAGGAAGUAGAUAUUGAAGAUGCUGGGGAUUUAUUAGUAGGAAAAUACAGCGGUGGCAUGAAAAGAAGGCUUUCUGUUGCAAUUUCAGGAAUCGGAAACCCUUCAAUUAUUUUUAUGGAUGAGCCCACGACAGGGAUGGAUCCUAUAUCAAAACGCUUUGUAUGAAAAUUGAUACAGAAAAUGAAAAAAGACAGAGUUUUUAUAUUAACGACUCAUUCUAUGGAAGAAGCAGAGGUUCUAGCUGAUAAAAUCGCUGUGAUGGUUGACGGCAAAAUAAAAUGUUUAGGAACUCCUUUAUAUUUAAAAAAUCAUUUCGGAGAAGGGUAUAAAAUUGAAUUGAUUUCGAAAGACACUCAAAAGCUUUGGAAUUAUAUUGAAGCUAAUUUUCCGACUGCUCACCUGGUUGAUAUGAGCGGAGGAAGCUUAGUUGUGUCAAUUCCUAGGACAGAAGCGAUGGAUGCGCUGGCUCCUCCUUUUAAAUUGGAACAAAAAAUCCUGCUUAAAAGGGAGUAAUUUUUGUUUUAAAAAAUCUUUUUAUAUUAAAUUUCUCUUGAAUUUUAAUUUAUGAAGAAUAAAUUCAAAAAAUUAUUCUCACUCCCCCCCCAUCCUUGAUCGAACGACUCGCCAUCGUUCGAUCAAGGAUGGGGGUUUAAAAAAAAUUUUUUAGGAAAAAAUUUUAUAUAUAAAAUAAAAAAUAUUUAUAUAUAUUUUUUUUAUUUUACUUUUAAAUAAAAGGGUUAAGAGUAUUUAAUAAUUAUUUUUACAGCAAAAAAAAAUGAAAUUAAUUUCAUAAAAAACCAAUUUUUAAUAUUUUAAUUUAUUAUUCACACCUUUAAACUGUAUAAAUUUUAAUUUGUUCCUUAUUAAAUUAAUUUUUUUUUUAAAGAAUCUCUAUUUUAUUAGAUUAUUGAGUUUUAAGCCUAGAUUAAUGACUAAAUCACUCCGGAUAAUUGAUUCCGAAGCUUUUUGUCGUCUCAAAGUCUCUGAAAACAAACUUCAUUAUAUAGAUCUUCCCAAACUUUUGAUAGCUAUAUAUUUUUAUAUAUAUAAAAAUUUGCAUGAUAUGAAAAUCGUUCGAUCAAGGAUGGGGGUUAAUUUCCCCAAUUUUUAGGAAUUUUUACAGUCAAUCGUUCGAUCAAGGAUGGGGGGGGGAGUCAGUGUGUGUAAAUGAAGUUUUUAUGAUAAAUUAGGUCAAAAAACUAAUUUUAUAAAUAUUAGUAUUUUUACCUAUAAAAUUUUCCUAUUGAAAAAUUGUUCCAAAUUAAAGGAGCAAAAGUACCCAAAAGAAUGGAAAUUUUGCCUCUGUUUUGUUCCAAUUUAAAGGAGGAAGUAAGACUUUAUAAGCUUAUUGAGUCUGAAGAUUCACAUGUCGCAAAUCUUAUUGAAAAUUGGGGGUUAUUCUGCAAAAUAGUAAAUAUUUUUAUUUUUAAAUAUAUUACACAAAUAAUAAAUAUUCAGCUUAUAAAAUUAUAUACCAAAUAAUAUUAACUAUAAAAAAUUAAUUAUAAAACAUAUAAAUAAAUAUUUAUUCUUAUAAAGAAUAAGCAACUCAAGCCUCGAAGAAGUUUUCAUGAGAGUCACUGAAAAAAUCCAUCACUACAAAUAA